AUGGAAGUUCCUACAUCGAGAGGACCUUGCUUGAAUCAGUUGCGAUUGGUACUAGACAGAUGCACGAACUGGAGUUUCGAGAAGAGGAGAAUGGUUGGAUGGUUGUGUCUUCUGUCCAUAGGUAUCUUUGGCGUUUCUCCGGAGACUCGAAUUCCUCUUGAGUGUGCCAAGAGAGUACUUGAUCCAGAAGCAUUUGAGAGCUAUCCCUGGGGUCGGGUUGCUUGCAAGAGUUUGAUGAACUCGAUAAAGAUAGCAAGUUAUACUGGGAAGAAGUCAUAUACGUUAUGUGGUUUAGUCCAUGUGUUGCUUAUUUGGGCAUAUGAGGCCAUUGUUGGUGUUGGAGAAUUGUAUGGAAAUAAAAAAAGAUUUGGAGAAGCAAAAGAAGACAAUGAGGAAGAAGAAGGAGAAGAAGAAGAAGACGAAGAAAAAGAAAUUCCACUUCUUUCAUGGGGUGGGGGUCGUCCAAGAUUUGAGUUCAAGGACUUCAUAGCCACUGAGAAAAAAACUCAUUCGAAGAUUCGUGUUAGGCAUUUUUUCCCACAGUUAAGUGACGAAUUAAAUCCUGAGUGGGAUGACGAGGUCACUGAUGAAGAGGUUGACAAUUUGCUCGAAGACUUAAAACACAAUCGGCUUGAUGAAAAUGCGUGGGACAAUGACAGUGACAAAAAUGAAACCGUGGAAAAAAAGAUCACGAAACAGGCCAAAAAACGCAAAGACUUUUAUGGAGUUAGUGCAGCUGACAAGUCUAGAAACAUGAAGAAAAAGGUUCUAGCUAAAGAGGCAGAGGCGGUAGAAAACCGUCACGGUGAAGGUGGUGAUCAAUGA